AUGCUCUUAGCAUCUUUAUCCAGUGACAUCGAUGACGGAGUUGAGUGUAGCCUCAGCAUGUUUGCUGACGGCACCAAGCUGAGUGGCGCAUUUGACACAGUGGCAGGAAAGGUUGUCAUUCAGAGGGACCUCAACAGACUUGAAAGAUGUUUGCCAACACCAUUUCCGAAGCACGACCAGCAUGGGUGGGACCUGAAGGGCCUCCCCGUUGCUGUCGUCAGACGCGCAGUCAGGCAGGCAAACCAGAAGCAAUGCUUUGUCUGUGGCGAGAGGGGGGCUGCCAUCACGUGUGCAGAGAGUGGCUGCGAACGCAGCUUCCAUCUGCCCUGCGCCAUGGAUGGGGAAUGCGUCACCCAUUUCUUUGGGCCACGCAGCUCCUACUGCUGGGAGCACCGCCCUUCACAGGAAAGUCGGGAAGCUCCAGCUGAAGGCACCAACUGCCUCAUCUGCCUUGAGCCCGUGGGGGACAGCUUGUCCUACCACACCAUGGUGUGCCCAGCGUGUGCGCACUGCUGGUUCCACCGGGGCUGCAUCCAGCAACAGGCCUUGAAUGCUGGCGCUUGGUGCUUCCGGUGCCCCAGUUGUCAGGACAUCCUCAUGUUCUUAGCAGAGAUGUUCCUCAUGGGGAUCCAUAUCCCACUCAGAAGACCACUAUGGGAGGAAAGUGAUGCGUAUGAAUCACUUCUAGAGAGGCACAGCCGCUGCAAUGCCUGCGAGUGCCUUUACCGUGGCGGCAGAGAGCAGGCAGAGAGAGAGGGGGACUGA